CUGCGCACGUGAUGCGAACGGCUAUUGUGCGUCGCACGCCCCGAGUUUCAGUCGCUGCACGUCUGUGUUUCUUGCCUACUGCGACUCCUUGGCGCCAUGUUGGGAUUCCUGUCGUAAACCUUCAAGCCGCUGGGAAUAGUGGACUACACAGAAAAAAAAGUGGGCAGUUUAAGAGAGGCGAAAAGUUCGUUUUUAUUUUGAAGUUAUAUAUGUUAACUAUUACUUUGGAGUAGAUUCAUAGUGAUAUGACAGUACUGAUUUUGUCUUAUGGUGAUGGGAGCCAUGAUGUUUCUUCAGAAAGUGUGGCUUCAAAUUUCCUGUCAUAGAGCAGCUGGAAGUUGACUACUGUGUUCAUCGUACUAGUCAGGAAAAGAAGAUGGUGGACCGUUUAGCAAACAGUGAAGCAAACACUAGACGCAUAGCCAUGGUAGAGAGUUGCUUUGGAGCAUCUGGUCAACCUUUGGGCAUCCCAGGUCGUGUCCUUAUUGGAGAAGGAGUAUUAACAAAACUGUGUAGAAAAAAAUCUAAACUUAGGCAGUUUUUUCUUUUUAAUGAUAUUCUUGUUUAUGGAAAUAUUGUCAUUCAGAAGAAGAAAUACAAUAAGCAACAUAUAAUUCCUUUGGAAAAUGUCACUAUCGAGUCAAUUCAAGAUGAAGGAGAGUUGCGGAAUGGCUGGCUUAUUAAAACACCAACAAAGUCUUUUGCAGUUUAUGCUGCCACUGCUUCAGAAAAGUCAGAGUGGAUGAAUCACAUAAACAAGUGUGUUUCUGACCUACUGGCAAAAAGUGGGAAGUUGCCGAAUAACGAACAUGCAGCUGUUUGGGUGCCUGACUCUGAAGCAGCUGUUUGUAUGCGGUGUCAGAAAGCAAAAUUUACAGCUGUUAACCGUCGUCAUCAUUGCCGUAAAUGUGGAUUUGUAGUUUGCGGCCCUUGCUCUGAGAAGAAAUAUAUUCUUCCUAGUCAGUCUUCCAAACCAGUACGGGUCUGUGAUUUCUGCUAUGAUGCUGUUUCUGCUGAAGCAAUGGCCACAGGUCAGCCCACUAGAUCAAACUCUUUCAGCAGGCCAACAAAAUUAAAUGCAUCUGAUGAUGACGAUGACGACGACAGUAGUGAUUAAAUUAUUUAUUUAUAUAUAUAUAUAUUUUCAAAUAUUCUUUGGCAGUCUAUCCAGAGAGCUGCUUUUUGGGGUUACCAAGCGGAUAUUUUUUUUCCUGCAGAUACCGUAUUCUAACUGUGGAUCUUCAAGAGCCUUAAUGUGCCUCACUGUGGGAUUUUAAAAAAAAACUUGGGUUUCACUCUUCUGCAGGGAUUGAUCUUUUUAACUGUAUCAAGCUGUUAUCCAGUAUUCUGUGCUUACAUCUAUUUUUAGAUUUGACCUUGCAUUAAAGAAUGGAUAAUACUUGCCUGGUUCAUUUGCUCAGAUGUUAAUAAUAUGAAUGUGAAGAAGCAGUUGAGAUUGACUUGAUUGAUUGACCAUCCAUACCUCUCAACUUCUCAGAGCAAGAAAUCUGGACACAGCCAAACAUAAUUUGGGGGGAGGGGGUGACAGAGCCCCAAAAAUCAGAACAGAUUUUACAUGUUUCUCGUAUAAACUUAGAAAGUUGCUAGAAUAAUAGGUUUUGCAUUAACAUGCAUUUUCUGAAGGAUAUGAAUUAUGGAACUCCAUCUCAAUAUUUAGUGUCCACAAUUGCCAGGAAACCACAAAUGUUUUAAGGAACAGACCAAAAUAAGAGGCAAAAAUAUGGACAGUUGAGAGGUAUGCUUCCAUCUUGUAAGUUGUAAAUGGUUUUGAAAUCAUCCUGCAUAUUUUCAGCUGUUUAAUAGUGAUAGGGACACUUGCACAGCAAUUUAAGACUUCAAAAUACUGAAGUAAAUAAUGCUGAAUUAUUUUCAGCUGCUUCUUUUAUUAAAGAAUGGACAUGAAAGCCUUAAUGGUGGAUGCCUUAAUAGUCAUACUUCUGGAAUUCACUUUAGCCAGAUUGCUUGUUCUGCUUGACAGAACAGCAAAGACAAAUCAGCAGUUUGUCUUACUGCAUUUGAAAUGAAAUAUAUGCAAUUUUAUAAUGUUUUGACUGUACAUUUCUGGAAAUAAAUGUUCAUUUUUACUUUGCCUUAAACACUUUGUUUUGCCUUUCAGUGCCUGAAACCACAUAGAAAGAUCACUCAUUUUAAGAAAAUUGUGCAAGGGAAGUUUUUGUAGACAGUUACUCUUCCUUAUCCCUGAAUUGAGUUUUAUUUACAUGAAAAGCACCUGCCAACUUUACUCACUGUAGCAGAUGCAUCUUUAAUGAAUCCUGUGACUGAAGCAAAGUGGUUGCUCAUAGUAUCAAAUUUAUAUUGCACUGGAAAUGUGAGCAAACCUCUGCUUGUCCACUUACUGGUUGGAUGCUGUUAUCUUGCAGUUUGCAAGGCGCAGAAUAUUCUGAUGUCAGACAGAUUGUGUUGAUUAAAUAGGAAUUGGGUCGAUGGAGGAAUUUUCUGUAUGUGACAUUUUUACAUGUAUUACUGUUCAACUAAAAAAAAAUUUCAGUCAGUAGAAGGUAUUAAAGUUUAAAUCUAAUCACCCAA